AUGAACCCGGACUGUCAUCAGACUGAGAGGGGCACGUAUCUGUGUCAGAGUGGGCAUGUCUACAUUCACAAUGUUUACCCGCCGAUCCAAGUAAUUAUUUUUGGGGGCCUACUUUGCUUGACUCUUAAAAUAUAACUAUCCAACCAGUGACGUGACCAAUGACAUUGUUUUAGGAAUUACAACCGCGAGUUCUCUUCGUUGUGAUCAUCUUUGUUCUGUGUUUCAUUGUGGGAAUAUGUGGGAACUCGUCUAUUCUAACCAUCAUCAGAGGCAUUGUUUCCGAACGGAAGGGGAAUCGUGUCAACUGCAGACGGCAGUCUGACAAUGCCAUCUUAUAUAUCGGUGCCUUAUGUGUGGUCGACUUCCUGAUGUCAUUAUCGCUACCCCCAGCAAUAUUGGUAAGGUGGCUCGUGUCAUGAGAAGGUUCUUUAGGAUAGCAUAAUCGGCUUCUGGAUGUUCGGAACCAUCAUAUGUAAAUUGCAUCAUGUAUGCGGAAGUGUCGGGAGGAUCGUCUCCACCUUUCUGAUUACGGCUAUGUCCUUCGACAGAUUUGUUGCUGUGUGUCAUCCUUACAAACAUUACUAUCGGUCACGGAGAUUUGUGAUAUCGACAAUUAUAAGUAAGUGUUUUCUUACUUCAUUUAAAAUAAUUGUUAGCACUAUGGGUGGUCGCUUUUGUCCUAUUAUUACCGAUGCUAACAUAUGCAUCAUCGACGGAAGUUUUGCUACAUCAACAUCGACAGGUCGACCCCGACACGGGGAUCGAGAAUGUCACUCGAGUUCGGGUAUAUAAAUGCACGGAUAUGAUGCCACCAUAUGUUUUUUACUGGUUCACAUCGUCUACGUUCAUCUUAGGCUAUCUUGUACCUCUCAUCCUAAUCAUCUUCUUCAACUCCAGGCUAAUCAGAAAACUCUAUCGACAUACAAAGACUCUGCCGCGCUCGGGUAUUCCUCUCCGCCGUAUCUCCAUCUAUACCAUUCUAAUUGCUGUUCUCUACUUCGUAUGUUGGACUCCCUACUGGUGUUCCGUGCUAUACGCCAUUUACAUGAGCGUUCUGGCUGAUGGAAGGUCAGAUCCUUCACCUUUGCUCGUCUUUAUCAUCUACUGUGUCCAUCUUUUACCGUACUUUGGGUCGGCUUCGAAUUGGAUAUUGUAUGGUUUGUUGAACACGCAGCUGCAGAUGAAGCACGAUGUGGUUAACUCAACGCAAAACCAAGGCAAUGUAACGAUGGCUGUCUUAAACGCGACGGGAGAGGACCGAAGUCCAAGUACAGUGCAUCAGAACGGCCAUGACAUUAAUGGUAAUGAUCAACUUGCGGACACAAAGUAAGUACAACAAUAAUAUGCACUUAAGGAAGUGGAAUACUUUGUUAUUCGCUAUCUCUAAUUGGUCUCUUGCAGGGAGAUAAAACAAAACGGAAUUAAUCGACGACAAAGUACGGAUCAAUGCACGUCGCUGAUGGAUGAUGAAUUAUGA